CAAAAGGCAUCAGUCCACUGCACAUCUAUCCUACCUAGGGUCGGCCAUUAGAAGAAUCUAAAGUUUGUGAAUUUGGCAUUUGUGUUAUUGUUGGUUGCGAGAUUUAUUUUAUGUUAAUUUGCUUCCUUUGAUACGAAAAUGGAGUUGAUGAACAGGCGUAUAGUCUAUUCUAAACAAGAUCCUGAUUACUGCACUCAAGCAGACGCAUUUUGUAGUUGCAAUAAUAACAGAAACGGUCCAGUAGUUUGUGACUGUGGAGAAGACAUUGAAGUGCACGAGUGGGCCUGGGACGAACAGCUGGCCACAGCGACAACUCUUCUCAGCAAUGAUAACCGAGAGGUCCAGUUCCAUCCAGGGUACAGCUCCGGAACUGCAGCGAUCCGUGGAGACUCCCCCUUCCAACAGGGACACAUUUAUUAUUGGGAGAUCAAGAUGUUGACAUCUCUAUAUGGCACUGAUGUUAUGGUUGGAGUUGGAACUAAGAAAGCUCAGCUGGACAAGUCUGCUUAUCAGUUCUGCAGUCUCCUUGGCUCUGAUAAGGAGUCCUGGGGAUUCUCUUAUAAAGGCAAGCUCCAGCAUAAUGGCAAGUCUGAGUGGUACGGACCUCCCUUCGGAAAAGGUAGCAUCAUUGGUAUUUAUCUGGACAUGUGGAAAGGCACUUUGGAGUUCUUCUUGAAUCGUCGUCCCCUUGGAGUUGCAUUCACAUCCUUGCAAGGCCAAAAGCUGUACCCCAUGGUAUGCUCUACGGCCGCUCAGUCCGCUAUGCGAGUGACCUACGCUGUCUCUCACCCUGUUGACUUGAAACUGCUCAGUCUGCAGGCUUUGCGUAACGAUGCGCACAUCCUUGCGCAAUUGGCCCUUGUCCCAGGUCUUCGUCGCUUCAUCACCAGCACCUGGUGGAUUGGGUCUGGGCAUCGACCGCACGAUUACUAUGACGAGGUCCGCCUGAUCAAGCCGACACGCAAACGGGCCCCAGAGUGCUGUGAUGCGGCGGCCGACCCCUCCGGCCUGAUACCCUGCGUGCACCAGCAGUACGCAGCGGACGACAACGCCAGCCGUCGCUUCAGGCGUCUCUGUCUCAUCUGCGACAUCAUCCUGUGACCAUCAUGGAAUCCUCGUCCUCAGCGCCAACAGUAUUUUAUUUUCCUUACAACUGUGAUCGAUCUGGUCUCUAAUGUACAAAGCGAUAGUUAUAGUGCACACUCUAGUUGAAUGGAGCUUUUACUUAAGUUUUAUUUCAAAAUAUUAAUUUUUUAUAUACUUUGUCCCAGGAUGUGAUGCAAAACUUUGCUAUUUAUUAUUGAUUUAUGUAACUCUAAGUUACAACUUGUUGUUAUGAUUUUUUAUCCAAAUGUAUUAGUAGGCGGUUUUUGUGGAGUUUUAGUUAUGUAGCAUUCACAUAACUGAUUAUAAUCUUUAAAAUCUUUUGAUGAUCUUAGUGUUAUCGACUGUUUUAAGUUGACUUUAUUGAUCUUGUUGUGUCUUUAAUUUCAUUGACCAAACCAGGAAGAAAAGACAGUUUGAAAAAGAUCUAGUCAGCCCUGUAAAUCUUAGAGCAUAGUUAUAUCUCACAAACGAAUAAUUCAGAAUCAUGAAGUUAUAUCUUUGAAAAAAUAAAGCAAACAGAAUCAGCACAAAUAAUUAAAACUUUGGUUCAAUUAGAAGAUCAGACGUUUUGGUAGUAUAAGUUUUAAUAUAGACUCUAAAGACUGAGGCAUGUAAGUCUAGUGUAUUCUAGAGGUAACAAACCGUUGUCAACCCACCGAACGCUCUCUAAUAUAAUGGUAAAGUGUACUCACGGUUGUGUGUCACUGAGUUGCAUUCGAUACUUCCUACCGAUCAUAUGCUGUAAAAGAUAUUUGACUGAAGCUGCUUGAAGCGUCGGGUGUAUUGGCAUUGGUUUAUUUAAUUUAAAUAUGGGAUCUCAAUUGAAAGUUUUACAAUGAAACUGUUGUUUUUUUAUCACUAUUACUUUUGGGAAGAUGAAAACGAUCUGUUUGACUUAAAGAGGAACACUUUUCAACAACUUAAAACGUUGUAUAUUUGUAUUUUUAAUUUAGAUCCCAUUUAUUGUUUCAUACUUCAUUUGUACAUAUUUGCCAUCCUUUUACUUUAUUUUAGGGGCAUUAUGAAGUUCCUAGGGAUGUAAAAAUUGAACCCUUUACGAUUCCCCCUUAAUUUUAAUUUUAUAAAUUUUUGUUUUGAACAAAUUGCGUUCUCUCCUCCUUCACUUAGUGUUUGAGGCCCUGACAGAAACGUUGCGUUGUAGUUACUUACCGCUGCAAUAUCGUGAUUGUGUUCAGUGUACUGUUCACCUUCACCGUUAUACCAUUAGAGUUAGAUCUGUCACGAGUUGUGACGAAAAUAAAAUACUUAACGGCGAGAGGAUCCAUAGUUGUCGUAGUGUGCCACGUAGUUGUUGUUUAGAUUGUGGCACAUUAAUUAUUAGAUUCACUGUUUAUUCGAUGUGUUAAUUGAUGUGAAUCGUAUGUGCUUUGGGCGAGUUGUUUUUUCGUGUCCGCUUUCCCUAAGUUUAAACCUCGUUGUAGUGGCUACUUCUAACUGAUAUCUAUAUGUUUUAUAUGUCUUGUUGUGAAUAAUUAUAUUGAUUUUGUUAGUGUUGAGUGAUAUUUUAAUUUCACUAGGUAUAUUUGGUUUGUUAUUUUAUCACCAAUUAAUUGGUUUGGUACUGUGUACCAAGUGUUUUAGUAGCUCACUGAUUGCUUACAAAGUGAAGUGUGUAAAUUCAUGCCAUCGGCUGCUGAACUUAAUAUUACUCUAAUGAUGGAAAAUGUAAAACUUGAAAGAUACAAGUAGCAAAUAAAUAGUUAUGUGAUGAGUUUUAUAGUUUUUUAUUAGUGCUUCAUAAAAUGAAGCUGCUUGACAAAAUAUUUGUUUCAUUUUCCAGGCAUCAUUUUAUUGUGGUAGUAUACAUUUAGAUUAGCUGUUUUCAGAGCCAAAUAAAAGCAGAGCUUUUUAAAAAAAAUACUAAAUCUUUUUUUGUGGAACAUUAACGUACCACCACAAGAAACUUUUCUUGGAUUGUGCAUCUUUACUAAUGUUGCAGUGUCAGUUUUAAAACAUACUAUCAAUAGUAAAAUGUAACUGAAUUACAUAGUGGAAAAGCAAUCAGUUGAGCUUUGUCCAAGUAAAGCUUUUAAUACCAUUUAUUCUCUGUAUUUUUCAUAAAAACAUCGUACUUGAGAAAUAAAACCGGAUAAAUUGUUGAGGAAAGUUUUUUCCUGCUAUAAUAUUGUAAAGAAUUUUGUAAAAGAUCUGGUCUAUCUUUAUAAAUAUAUAAACUAUUUUAUUAGUAAAUAUAUUCAUAUUAAUUUUCCUCUGAAUAUUGUGGCAAAACUACUUUAAAAUUAUAUAAAAUAAUGAAUAAUCUUAGAAGAUCUUUUUUUACAAAAUCAUAUUAUGUUAGAUAUCAUUGUAUUAGAUCGGUUUUGGAUGAAGUCGUGUUGUACUGUUGUCAAUUAAAUCUAAAAUAUUUUAUUUGAACUUGUGAACUUAGUAGAACUUUGAUUGUCUUAAUAAGCAUUAUGAAACCUUUCUGGCCAUAAAAUAAGUCAAAGAGAGUAGAACUGUCAAGUUUAGAUUGUUUUAAGGAAGAUUUUUACAUAGCAAUACUUUAUAUUUAUUUUACUUCAAUGGCAUUACAAAAACGUUCCAUAAUACAAACUAUUUGUGAUAUUUAAGAAUUAUAAAUUUGCAAAUACAGAGCUUUUAAACAGCAUAGAUUUUAUUACUUAGUCCAGUUAAAGUUUUUUAGCCUCAAAGUUUUUAUUCUCAACAAUCACGAUGUACAUUCAGUUUAAGAGCAGGGUGUAGUGAAUCUACCUUGAGUUUUAUCGCAUAAAAACAAUGUUAAACGCCAAACAUGAUUAGUAUGUACUCAAACGCUUUUCAGUUUUUCUUGUUAAGUCAUUUACUUUUUUUAAUAUUCAAACAGCAAAGUAGAAAAAAUUUGAAAUGUUUUCAAAACAAGGUUGUAAAAGUGUAUGAAGUUUAACAUUGUUCUUUAUAGGGACAACGUCAGGAUAGGUGCCAGUACAGCCGGCUUUUAAUUCUGUAGAAAGGAUUAUUUUUAUGUCGAUUAAGAAGUAACCAUACAUUUAUUUUCUAUAGAUUUUUAAACAUUUUGUAGGUCUGGUAAAAUAAUUUUUAUACAGAAGGACAUUACAUUUACAGAUGUUUUGUCUAAUUAGCUUCCUUUUAAAUCUCUGUGACACGUUGAAUUGGCAGUUAUCAAUUUUUGUGAUAAAUCAGCAAAUUUGACUGACUCCGUUCAAAAUUUUAAAUAUUUGCACAUUUCUUCUAAGAAAAACAGAUAGUUACAGAAUUUAAUCCCAUGACGUUUGGCCUUAUUGUUGCUUCAGUCUGUUUUUAACUUAAUAUUUGGCUUUUGGAUAAUCAAGGUUUUACAAGAGAGAAAAACAAAAUGUGACAUUUUAUUACAAUUAUGGUAAAUUUGGUAAAGUCAAACGUAACAACAGCCUUAGGUUUUAGUACAUGCUAUUUAUAACUUUUCCAAUCUUUAUAAAUAAAUCACAAAAUAUUACAUUAAUCCUGAACAUAUAUUGCAUUAUUAAUUUAGAAAAAAAGCUUUCAUAGGCAUAAUUAAUUCUUUUAUAAAAAGUUAUAGUUAACACUAUUUGCCAUACUUAUAAUGCAUUUACGUUUAUUUCACAGUCUGCAAAGUGCAAUAUUAUGGAGCUUAAAUUAACUUCUAGGAAAUAAAACUUCUAGGUUGUAGAAGUUGGGUGGUGAUGUAUAUGUAGACCAUCUUUUAUGUUUAUGUAAUUAAUACAAAGAUAUAACUGCUGGCCUGUUAAGAUUUGUAAUUUACGUACUGCAUUAUAAUAAAGUAUAAGUAAUCUUUAUAACGUAAUUAUAACUUUCUUACUGCUAAGAGUUCAAUCUAGUUGAUAAGCUCAUCCUCUUUAGGAAUGAUAAUUGGAACCCCUUCUUCUUUGCUUGUGAAAUAAACGGAGAGCAGGUUUUGCCAACUUAUUAUUGCAUAAAUGUUGCGAUUUCCUUUGUGUAUUUCUAAAUGUCUGAAGUUUACAAAAUAUUUCUCAAGUAAGAUAAUACAAGAUUGAAAAAUUUGA